CGCCUUCGUCGCUAUAGGAUUGGUAAUGUGGCGUCGUUUUCACCUGCGCUACAGGUGCGCGGUGGACAGAUCCGAGCGAGAUGGGUAAUUCAGACUCCAAACUGAACUUCAGAAAAGCGGUGAUACAACUUACAACCAAAACACAGCCCGUAGAGGCCUCUGAGGAUGUGUUCUGGGACCAGUUCUGGACUGACGUCAACCUGACUUCACAGGAUAUUUUUGCUCUGGUUCCUGCUGCUGAGAUCCGUGCAGUGAGAGAGGAGUCUCCAUCCAAUCUGGCAACCCUCUGUUACAAGGCAGUGGAAAGGCUCGUGUUGAACGCAGACUCAGGCUGUGUGUGUGAGAGAGACAGGCAGACAGUACUGAGCUGCAUUCGUCUGUUGACUCGGAUUCUGCCGUAUAUCUUCGAGGAUCCAGACUGGCGUGGAUUCUUCUGGUCCACUGUACCAAAAGUGGGCAAGACUGUGGAUGAAAGCGAUGACGAGGGCACACGGCCGCUGGCGGAGUCUCUCCUCACAGCUAUAUCUGAUCUGCUUUUCUGUCCUGACUUCACUGUGGAGAGCCACAACAGGACCAGUGCGGAUGGGCCUUCUGAUAUCCAGUCCAUAGACAGCUGUGAGUUCAUCUGGGAAGCUGGUGUUGGAUUUGCUCAGACUCCGCCUCUCAAUCACACCCAUGACUCCAACAGGGCAGAGUUGAUGAAGCUUUUAUUGACGUGUUUCUCAGAAGAAAUGUACCAGUCUCCAUCUGACACACACACACUCAACCCCUGGGUCUCGUUCUUUUGCUCUAGAGAAAACCGACAUGCCCUGCCGCUCUUCACCUCUCUUCUUAAUGUGGUAUGUGCGUAUGAUCCGGUGGGGUACGGCGUCCCGUACAAUCACCUGAUGUUCUCUGACCAGAGAGGGAUGCUAGCGGAGCUGGCGCUUCAGACUCUGAUCGUUUCAUUAGAUCAAGAGCUCGUUGAUAACUCCAACACCAGCCCGAACCUGAGCACCAACACUGACACCUGUUCUGCUGAUUACAACAAGAACACAACUGCUGAGGGAUGCCAGACGACAAGAAGCGAAAACCUGUUUGUAAACUACCUGUCUCGAAUUCACAGAGAAGAGGACUUUCAUUUAAUUUUGCGAGGAAUCAGCCGGCUGCUCAAUAACCCCCUGCUGCAGACAUACCUGCCCCAUUCCUGCAAGAAAAUCCAGUUUCAUCAGGAGCUGCUGGUGCUCUUCUGGAAACUCUGUGACCUCAACAAAAAGUUCCUGUUCUAUGUGUUGAAGAGCAGUGAUGUGCUGGAUAUUCUGGUACCAAUUCUAUUCUAUCUGAAUGACGCUCGCACCAAUCAGUCACGUGUCGGUCUGGUGCAUAUCUGCGUGUUCAUCUUGUUGCUGUUAAGUGGAGAGAGGAAUUUUGGGGUGCGUCUGAAUAAACCAUACAGUGUGCGAGUGCCGAUGGAUAUUUCGGUGUUCGCUGGGACUCAUGCCGACCUGCUGAUAGUGGUUUUCCAUAAGAUCAUCACCAGUGGACAUCAGCGACUGCAGCCCCUGUAUGACUGUCUGCUCACUAUUAUAGUCAAUGUGUCUCCUUACCUGAAAAGCCUGUCUAUGGUAGCAGCCAACAAACUACUACAUCUGCUAGAGGUUUUCUCAAGCCCGUGGUUCCUGUUCUUCUCACCUGUUAACCAUCACCUGGUUUUCUUUUUGCUAGAAGUUUUUAACAACAUCAUUCAGUACCAGUUUGAUGGUAACUUUAACCUGGUGUACGGCAUCAUCCGCAAACGCAACCUCUUUCACCAGCUGGCUAACCUGCCUACAGACGUCAGCUCGAUCCAGAAAGCCCUGCAGAGGAAAAGCAGGAGCAACAGUACCCAUAAUGCCGUCUUCAUGGAGACCAACAACCCCUGCAACACUCCCUGUAGUGAAGCCCCAUAUAAAACCACACCAGUUCAAACAGGCACUCUGAACGCCAGCUUGAAGGCCAUGCCACGCAUUGAUAAACUAACCGAAACCUCACAGGUUUCUGAGGAUGGAACGACACUCUCACUGCAGCAGAGUGACUCGGCCAACGACCAAUCAGAUCACAGCUCUGAGACCCGAGUCAGAGACACUGAGCCGACCUCAGGUGAAGAUGAAAAGAAGAGUGAAACCGGAGAUUGUGAUGGGUGUCAGAAACGAGUGUUGUCUUCAUCAGACUGGACUCCUACUCCAGACUGGGUCCUCUCCUGGAAGAGUAAACUUCCUCUGCAGACUAUAAUGAGACUCCUGCAGGUGCUGGUGCCUCAGGUGGAGAAAAUCUGCAUUGACAAAGGUUUGACGGACGAGUCUGAGAUCCUGAAGUUUCUGCAGCACGGGACUCUGGUGGGUUUGCUGCCGGUUCCUCAUCCCAUCCUCAUCCGCAAGUACCAGGCCAAUGAGGGCACGGCUCUGUGGUUCCGCACAUACAUGUGGGGCAUCAUCUACCUGCGUAACGAGGAUCCUCCUGUUUGGUACGACACUGAUGUCAAGCUGUUUGAGAUCCAGAGAAUUUAAUGACACCGAGAGAAUCAACUCAAUAAAACGGUCUCCAUCUCUCCAGACUGAACACAUUCACACAGAUUUAAUUAAACUUGAAGCUUUCACACUAAAAUGUAAUGCAGUAAAAUCAAAAGUUUUGUUUUUCUGACUUUUUUGUGUUGUGUUGUGUUGUGUGUGUAUAUAUAAACGAAUGAAUGCA